AUGCAGAGCCCAACAUCGGCUACCUCAACGAAAUUCAAUGUCAAAGCACAUGAAUUUAAGCCUAAUCCUGCUGCAAAUACAUUUACUCCUGCAGGCGCGUCCGCUAUACCGUCAAGUCCAGCACCUAAUGCUAGACCACGAUCAAUUUCACGUGCUGCCAGCCCGUCCGUGUUUUUCGGUGCAAAGAAACCACUACCAGCAUCAGAGCGGCCUUCAAUUAACAACUUCUUCAACCCGGUUAAGCGUAUGAAAAAGGAAGCAACCACGCAGAGCAGUAAAGACUACGCAUUUAAUGGCGGAAUUCCUCCAGCGUAUCGAACUCCACCUACUUGGGAGGUUGCUCCGAUCAAUGCCGAGAAGACUUACGCUGAUAUGUUUAAAACUCCUACACCUGCACCCUCGGCUUCCCCGCAACGGGCUGCAUCUAAUCCUCAAAUGCCACAUCAACAUCAGCUGCCGUUCCACCUUCAGCACGGCGGCCCUCCAACCACGGGCCCUCCUCAAGGCCAUCCUCAUCCCCACCCACAAUCACACCACCCCUCAGCGCCCCCACACUUUGAUGAUCACCAUCGUAUGCACAUUUCUGCUUCUACCUCACAAGUAUACCCAUCCCCCCGACUGCAGCAAACCCACGUGGCAUACCAUUCUCCUAUGGGACAUCAUGCACAGCUCGCAUAUGGGCAACCUGUUCCGCAGUUGUACACCGGCCAGGGUCCCCAACCUGCUCACAUGCGACAUUAUCCCGGUGGCCCACAGUUUGUUCACCCGCAAAACGGCAUGGGGGCACCAAUGAUGGCCCAGCAACCUUCAAAUGGCCCUUAUGCCGGUAUGCCACAAGGUAUGGGUGUCCCAUACAAUCCCCAGAUGCCGAUGUACUCUCCAAAUGCCGGCCAUGCCUACCCUCAGCAUGUACCACCACCGCCUCAACCACACAGUGGCUACCCCAGCCCAAGCCGAGGGGCACCUAUGAUGAUGCAUCAGGGCUCUCAACAGGGCCACCCGCCUCAACCUAUCAUGUUUAUGAAUUCCGGCCAACAUGGACAACCCGUCUACGGCCCGCAACAACCAGGCCACAUGCCUCCAGUACGUUCUGGCUAUCCUCAACAUCAGCAGUCUCAUUUCAAUUCAAGCCCCCAUCAAACACAUCAUUACCCACAUAACCAACACAGAGCCCAAAAUCAUAACCACUACAAUCAAAUGCCACACAUGCAUCAUCCUCACAUGCAACCACAAGGCCCACCACAAAAUGCACCUUCAGGACCCCAUCCUCCAGAGACUGUUGAUGAGGUGAAAUGAAGUUUCAGUGGCUAAACUUACGGCUCGCUUUUCCUCCCUGGAACUACCGAUUGUGGUAUGAAGACCACAGAAUAUACUCACUUGCCAUUUUCCUUCUCCGGAAUGUUGCAUGCAGUGGUAGGACUAGUAGCUUGUGCUACAUUGCUUUUUGCUAUAUUUUUUCUAGCCCCGGUCGUAUUU